AUGGCCAGCAUCAAGAAUGAGCAGUCCCGCGCCAAUGCCAUUACUGUGCUGCAGCGACAGUUUGCCGCCAACGAUAAUCACAGUGAGUACUCGGUCUGCUCUACGUGCAAAGGUUCAUUGGUGGCAGGCAAAGUCCCCACAAGGAGCACGACUAACGGCUACCGUUACCCACUGAAACCCGAGCACCUGGCUGAACUCAACCCGGUGGAGGAACGGCUGAUCGCACCACGUCUACCGUUCAUGAGCCUCCGGCGGCUAACGCACGGCAACGGCCACACGCCUUUUGUCAAGAGUUUGGACGUAGUGAAAAAGAAAGGACUCAAUGUGAUGUCUUUGACGACAGACCGUCAUGUCCAAGUGACGAAAUAUUUGAAGACUCAAGAGCCCACCAUCCCGCACUACUAUGACGCUUGGCACAUCACAAACGGCAUCAAAAAGAAGCUGGCCGCCCAUACUAAACGAGCUGGAUGCAGUGUGCUGGAACUGUGGAUCCAGCCAGCUACCAAUCAUUUACAGUGGUGUGCAGCCAUGAGUGAUGGUGAUGCCGAGCUGCUGACAGACAUGUGGAAGAGCAUGGAAUGGCAUGUGGCAAACGUACACACGGGACACCCGGGACUCUACACUCAUUGUGCCCACGGUGACCUCGGGGAGAUGCAAUGGCUAGUUCCUGGGACACCCGCACACCAGAAGUUUGCUGCUGUCGUUAUGGCACCCCGUUUCCUAAAAGGCAUUCGGCAACUGGCCCCUUCCACACACACCUUCAGCUUGGAGGCCUUCCACAUCGUGUUGAUAGGCUUUGCUCCAAAGUCUGUAUGCUUCUCACCUGAUGGCAUGCGUACAAGGACACAACUGGCAAUCCUACAUUUCAAUGAGAAUUCAAACAAAGGACAAGCAAUAACAAAUGAAGGACUGUCACGAUGGAAGGUUAAAAACCCGAAGGCGAGGAAAGGUACAGCCGUUGCUUGUCCUGUGAAAGCCACACCGACAUACGAAUAUGUCGACCUGCUACUGACGGAGACAGUGCGUUGCUGCGAACAGUGGUCGUCGUUUAAGGCAGCUUUCUCCGCCAGCCAUUCAACUGCUCCACCGCCCAUGAGCCAUUCUUUUCCAAGGCCUCCCAAGCAUGAAUUUGUGGCAGCAAGAAGGUCCAGGUUUGCCGCUGGCACUGGAAGCACCACACUCUAG